CUAAUUCUUCAGUGUUUUCAACAGAAAAGCUCUGCCACUCAUUUUUUUGUUGAAGCCCGGCUGUGCGACCAGCACACCAGAACCAAAUUUGCAACCGACGAGCCGACACAACCUUCCAUUUGACCUUUUUGAUCUUCUUCUUCAGUAGACUACUAGUACCGGUACAGCCAUGGCAUCCGGACCUACCAGCAAGCACUGCUUGGACAUGACCAAGGACCACUUGGUGCAAGCGCUCCACGAGCAUUUUGAUAAGGACAAGGAUGGCUUUUUGAAUUUCAAAGAGAUUGGUGCUCUUCAAGAAGCCACCAGUGGCGAUGCCAUGACGGAAAAUCAGUACGUGAUGGUCUGUCGAACGCUGCAAUGCCAACCAGGCCAAGGCAUCUCCUUGACUGCCCUGCGGCUGACAUAUGCCGCCGAAGGAACCAGCGCCGAAGAAGACUACACCAAAGUGUUUGGAAAAUCUGCCAAGGAGGUCAAAUCCAAGGAACAGCAUACAGAUGACAUUUACGAAGUGGGAGACGGGGGAGUGGAUAUAUCGUCAUGAGUGAGCGUGGUCUGCCAACAAGAUGUCUUACUACUAGUAGGAGCCAUCAUACUGAAUCGAAUCAAAGUGGAGGUAGCAGCACCUCUGAGAAAAGCUCCCUGCUUUGGGAUCUCUGGUAUACAAUCAAUAAUCAUGCAGCCAAUUUCCUGGCCACUUCUGAGGCCUAGCCGAGGAAAAACUUCAGACUUGUAGCUCGUCUUUAGCUAUUACGUUAUCAUGU